AUGGACAAUGAGCAAGAUCCUCGAAGGCAGGAUCCUCCAUGUGUCAAGCAACAACUUUACAUCAUACAUGAACAUUUAUGGCCAGACCAUAGCAUUAAUCGGACAGAUGUACAGUGCCAGCAUCGGUGGCAGAAGGUACUAAAUCCAGAACUUAUCAAAGGCCCAUGGACUAAAGAAGAAGAUCAACGGGUGAUAGAACUCGUACAGAAAUACGGCCCCAAGCGCUGGUCUGUCAUCGCUAAGCACUUAAAGGGAAGGAUCGGAAAACAAUGCAGGGAGCGGUGGCACAACCAUUUGAAUCCAGAAGUUAAAAAAACCUCCUGGACAGAAGAGGAAGAUAAAAUCAUUUACCAAGCACACAAAAGGCUGGGAAACAGAUGGGCAGAAAUUGCAAAGUUGCUGCCUGGACGAACUGAUAAUGCUAUCAAGAACCACUGGAAUUCCACAAUGCGUCGAAAGGUUGAACAGGAAGGUUAUCUGCAGGAGUCAUCCAAAGUCAGCCAGCCUUCACUAGCUACAAGUUUUCCGAAGAAUAACCAUUUAAUGAGCUUUGCCCAUACUCCACCAUCUGUACAUCUGCCAACAGACAGCCCAAGCCCGACUACCAAUGACUACUCCUAUUAUCAUAUUUCUGAGGCUCAAAAUGUCUCAGCUCAUAUCCCUUAUCCAGUAGCACUUCAUGUAAAUAUUGUUAAUGUUCCUCAGCCAGCUGCGGCAGCUAUUCAGAGACACUAUAAUGAUGAAGACCCUGAGAAAGAGAAACGAAUAAAGGAAUUAGAGUUGCUACUAAUGUCGACUGAGAAUGAACUGAAAGGGCAGCAGGCAUUACCAGCACAGAAUCAUACAUCAGAUUACCCAGGAUGGCACAGCACCACCAUUGCAGACAGUACCAGAACUAGUGGUAAUAGUGCACCCAUUUCCGCUUUGGGGGAGCAUCAGCACUGCACUCCAUCUCCGCCGGUUGACCACGGCUGCUUGCCUGAGGAAAGUGCAUCUCCUGCAAGGUGCAUGAUCGUUCACCAGAGUAACUUCCUGGAUAAUGUUAAGAAUCUCUUAGAAUUUGCGGAAACACUUCAGCUUAUAGAUUCCGAUCCUUCGUCAUGGGGUGAUCUCAGCACUUUUGAAUUCUCUGAAGAAGCAGACACCUCGCCUAGCCGUGUUCCCUCAGGCAAAGCCCCACAGCUUCAGCAAACAGAGGCCAGCGCUUGUAGGCCCGAAGGAUACGCUCUCUCAGACUUGAGCAAAACUAUGUUGUGCCAGGAUUCCCUUGCCUUGGCAAAAUCCUUGAUUGGCUCCAAGUGUGGCACAGCUCCGUUGGUUAUUCUGCGCACCAAGAGAGGGUAUCCCAGCCACUUAGCCAGUGGCCGUAAUAAGUCCUUCAUAAUUGCUGAUGUCAGCAGCUCAUCUCCUAAGCGCUCCCCUGUCAAAAGCCUGCCAUUCUCUCCCUCGCAGUUCUUGAACACCUCAUCCAGCCAAGAAAGUCUAGACCUGGACAACCCUACUUUAACUUCUACUCCCCUCUGUUCCCAUAAAGUCACUGUUACAACACCUGUUCACAGAGACCAAGCUUUUAAGACACAGAAGGAAAACAAUGUCUUCAGAACUCCAGCUAUCAAAAGAUCAAUACUGGAAAGUUCUCCAAGAACACCUACUCCAUUUAAAAAUGUAGUUGCAGCUCAAGAAUUCAAAUAUGGACCCUUAAAAAUGCUGCCCCAAACAUCGACUCACCUUGUAGAUGAUCUGCAAGAUGUUAUCAAACAAGAGUCUGAUGAAUCCAGCAUUGUACCUGGUUUAUGUGAAAGUGGAUCCCCUUUGCUGAAGAAAAUCAAGCAGGAGGUGGAGUCUCCAACAGGUAAAACAGGAAACUUCUUUUGUUCAAACACUUGGGAAGGAGACAGUCUGAACACACAGCUCUUCACAUAUGCACCUGCUGUGGAAGAUGUGCCAAAUCUUCUUACCAGUUCUGGUUUAAAGAUGCCUGCAUCAGAAGAGGACAACACUCACAAAUUAGUCGCAUUACAUAAAAAUAGGGCAUCAGGUAGCCCACUUCAGAUCUGUGUUUGUGGCCUUGCACUGAAGAUUAAAAUUGGCCAAAGCAUGACAAGCUUCCCAAGAGAGUGGAAGCUGUUUAUUGAAAAUGUAAAGAAGAAACAGCGUUUUGUGGCAUGUCUGCGAAGUGAAAAGUAUGUUAACAAACAGAAUUUCUGUUACCGAGCACGGGAAGAUCCUUUUGAGCUUCACCAGCGUCCAUUACACAGCACUAAGGUUACAGUAUGGUGUGAUGUGUCAUCACAUGCCAUCAUAGGCCCUUACUUCUUUGAAAAUGAGGAGAGCAUUGCAACCACAGUUACAUCUGAUCGGUAUGCUGGCUUUGCUUGA